AUGCAAGGCACUGCGCUAGAAGUGCACGAUGAGCUGGUGCGAGAGAUGAUGCGUGUACUCGGUGACGAGGUGAUAAGCAGGGGUCAACGGUCGCUUGAACUUGUCCAGGCACUGCUUAUCACGGCUUUCUGGAACAAGUCUACUCGCAAGGAUCAGCAAGCUAGUUGUUACCAGGUUGUGCAGCUUGCUGUAGACAUGGGAGUUGACCUUGGUAUUGCCGGGUCUUCAUGGCAACCUUCACCUGCGGCAUAUUUCGCCCGGGUCGAAGAUACAACAUCACCAGAAGCUCGGCGUACUUGGCUUGCUUGUUACAUUGCACUCUCAACAUCGUCGAUUGACAUGCGCCGGCCCAACACAGUACCUUGGGACCAUCAUCACGAAGAAUGUCUCCUUUACUUGGAACAAGCAGGUGAAACAUCCGAUCUUCUGCUUUGUCAGAUCGUCCGGAUUACCCGAUUGGUGCAAGAGAUCUCAAGCCAACUACACCUGUUCCAUCUUGCUACUUAUGUGGACGGAAAUGACUACGACACUCAUCUCACCAUCAGACGUCUCAAGUCUGAGGUCGAUAUAUGGACAGCUCAGAUACCACAUUUCCUUGCGACUUCACAGAUACUGAAAGUGUUGCGCCAUGUUGCAAUGGUUCGGUUGUAUGAGGUUGUGCUGCAUACUCGAACGAACAGAUCAUCGUUCGCUGCACCGUUCAUCCCAGGUCGCAUAUCCGUCAAAGACUUUCCCGCACCAGACCACAUAAUACCACCGCUCAGGACGGCUCUCGAAGCACUGGUUGGUCACUGUCACGCUGUAGUCGACACUGCCACGAACAUGGAUCCUGCUCUUGUUCUCGCUCUGCCGACAUUUUCCUUUGCCCCAACCGUCCUGUACUCUCUUUAUGUUCUGAUUACUGCAUUGGCAGCAUCUACAGGUCCAGGAAACACCUACGGGCAGUGUCUGGCCAAGGAUUGCUUCAAGAUCGAGCAGUGUACUUUGAAGUUGAGGAUGUUGACAUCGGGAAUGAAGUUGCUUGAUCCUACGAUGAGCUGUUGGACAACCAGAUUUUUCGACGCGACUGGAUGGCUGGAAGAAUGGUACAACGACUACGCCACUAUCAUUCAACGAUACGAAACUUUCCUAGUCAUAUAG